AUGCCCGAAUUCCCAAAGGUUACAGGGUACACGCUAGUGGACAGAAUUGGAGGCGGCGGGUUCUCCAGCGUUUAUAAAGCUAUAGACUUCAAGAACUACCGUGCAGCAGCAUGUAAAGUGAUCAUCAUUACUGAGGAAACCACAGAUAAAGAGAGAAAGACACUCGACAAGGAAAUGCGGAUCCAUUCGGCGCUGAAGCACGAAAACGUGCUGGAAUUUCUGAACGCUGUGGUCGUCGAGCUCAAGCACAAACAUGCCUAUCAUCCGGGAUAUUAUAUGCUAAUGGAGCUGGCUUGUGGUGGAGAUCUGUUCGAUAAGAUCGCGCCCGACAAGGGCGUCAGUGACGACCUGGCACAUCUGUAUUUUAACCAGUUGAUAGCCGGAAUGGACUAUAUCCACCAACAAGGCGUGUGUCAUCGCGACCUUAAGCCGGAGAAUCUACUACUGGACGUCGCUGGGACGCUCAAGAUCUCCGAUUUUGGUUUAUCUUCAGUGUACAAACUGAAAGACUCGGGUCGGACGCGAUCUCUGACCGAACGCUGUGGAAGCCUCCCGUAUGUUGCACCAGAGGUAGGUGGUCCCCUGAACAGCAACGCGCCGUACGAAGCGGAGCCAAUCGAUGUCUGGGGAUGUGGGGUCAUCCUCUUUACUCUGUUGGUCGGUAAUACCCCAUGGGACGAGCCCACCCGACACAGCCCAGAAUUCUGCCGCUAUCUGGAUGGGACCAUCUUCGACGAAGAUCCAUGGAAUCGGAUCUCUGAGACCCCGCUGUCUCUCCUUCAGGGUAUGCUGAACGUGAACCCAGCUGAGCGUAUGACGCUGUCUGACGUGUAUCAGCAUCCAUGGUGUUUACGACCGAGCCAAUUGGCACGAGCAGACCCAGGUACCCUGGCGGAGAUGCUGACGCAGGGGCUACGCGAGGACGGCGAUCUAAAUGUAGCAGCCCCUGAUUUCGGAGAAGCUAUGGAUGUCGACGAAGAGGACGAUCCCCAGCGUUAUGCUGGAACAGCCUCUCAAUUCACGCAGAAACUCAUGCUUUUCUCGCAAACGCAAUCGGGCCCUCGAUAUGUGCCGAACCUGACUCGAUUCUACGCUUCUGCGCCGCCAACGGUAUUGAUGCCCCUGAUCCAAGAAACACUGGAGGGAAUGAACGUCAAAUGUAAACUUGACCCUAGAUCUAAGAUGGUGCUGCUGUUGAGGAUCGGAGGGUACGACAAGCGCAAGCUCAAGUUCCGAGGGUGGGUGAACGUGGAGAGCUUCAGCAAACAUGGGUACGAGGGGAGCUUCUGCGGCAUGGCGAGAGAUGAGGGGAGCCCGAUUUCGUGGCGGCAGCUGUGGAAGGCCCUCAUCAAGAGUCCCCUGGUCAGCCCCCACGUCCUAUUCAAAUAG